UCCACUAGUGGCAACAAGGUAAUUUAAUAAUAUAACCAGAAAAGUGGCCUUUUGCUUUGUAAGCUUUGUGUCUUGAAUGAAUUAAAAAUUAUAUGUAAAACACACCAAGAUUCAAAUCGUUAAUAAAAUGGCCGAGACUGAUUCACAAAAAUACGGUGGAGAGGAAGUAUAUCCGGACUUAUUCUUCUCUUUACUAUCGCGACAUGUGCACAGAUAUCCCGAUGAUGGAACGCAUAUAACGUGGGUGCUCCCUCGACUCAUGAUUCUAUUCGCCAGUGGGAAUAUGGAUUUGGUUACAGACUUCAUUACCAAUGAUAUGGUGCACCCAAUUGGAAGCGGACUGGUGGCAAGCGUUUUCGUUGAGGAAUCAAUAAGAGACGAAAUGAUAAAGAAAAUUCGCGUCAACUUAAAACCGAUGGAUGUGCGCAUUCAGCGCCAUCCAAACUACCUACAAUCGGUUAAGCUAAUUGAUCGCAUGAACUGCUCAACAAUCCACAUCGAGGAAUUCGAGGAAUCGGACACGAAAAAGCGGUAUGGUCACAGAAUGAAAGGAUCCCCCAUAAUAGUUUUGGAUUUCCCGCAAUACUACUUCGGUAACAAGCCAUCGGCUGUGAUAACUUUGAGUACUUUUCGAAGCCUCAAUGAAGUGGUAAAACUGUAUACACGAGAAGGCUUAAACUUCGAUUCAGUUUCAGUGUGGACAUCCAAAUUAGCACAGUGCUUCGAUUUGGUAACUAGAAUUCCCCAAGCUGCGCAAUGGACUUUCAACUGCACCAAUGAAUCCAUUAAGGUCCCAGUAUUGCCUGUUCCACCCAUUUCUGGAGUUUCAGUCACAGCACACGUUCACUUUGAAGUGCACGUGAUUGGUGACAAGGUCAAAACCAUAGCGUUUCCAACCAAACAAGCUAUUUCAAGCUAAUAACUAAUACCUUCUUUAAGAAAAUGUAUAAAUUAAAUUAAAAGAAGUCCCACAAGAAUAUCUCACUUGUCCCAUCUUUCGCAAGUCCUCGUAUUUAUAUUCCUCACAAAAGAAACCAUAAGCCAUAUUGUAACACAUAACUUAUAAAAGAUAAAACCAUAAUUUUUCAGAAAAUUUACUGUAAAACAUAAAUCUGU